AUCAGCAGCUGCAGGAGGAGGAGGAGGAGGAGGAGGAGAGCGCAGCAAGCAGCAGCAGCGACUCGAGCCGAGCCGAUCCCUCCUGCUCCUGCUCGCUUCGCAGAUCUCCCCGCCAUUGCAAGUUCCCCGGUUAGAUUCACGCGCUCUUCUCCCAGAUCCAGUUUCGACUAUCCGAAUUCUGUGUAAGGCUGUGUCGGUGGCGUGAUUCGGCUGGUUUUGGUUGGGGAAUUUCGGUGAUUUGCUGCUGCUCCGGUUGCUUGCUGCUGCUGCUGGUUCUUGGGAGCGGCGGAGAUGGGGGUGACAGGGGAGAAGUUCCAGCUCGGGACGGUGGGGGCGCUGAGCCUCUCGGUGGUGUCCUCUGUGUCCAUUGUCAUCUGCAACAAGGCUCUCAUGAGCUCCCUCGGCUUCACCUUCGCUACCACCUUGACGAGCUGGCAUCUCCUUGUUACAUUUUGCUCUCUUCAUGUGGCAUUAUGUAUGAAGCUCUUUGAGCAUAAACCUUUUGAUUCAAGGACUGUUAUGGGAUUUGGUGUGCUCAAUGGCAUCUCAAUUGGGCUUCUCAACUUGAGUCUAGGUUUCAAUUCUGUUGGUUUCUACCAGAUGACAAAGCUGGCGAUUAUUCCCUGCACUGUUAUACUUGAGACUCUUUUCUUCAGGAAGAAGUUUAGUCGGAAUAUUCAGCUCUCCCUUAGUGUUCUCCUUUUUGGUGUUGGCGUUGCAACUGUGACUGACCUGCAACUUAAUGCAGUGGGAUCUGUCCUGUCUUUGCUCGCAAUCAUCACAACCUGCAUUGCUCAAAUCAUGACAAAUACAAUUCAGAAGAAAUUCAAGGUAUCUUCAACACAGCUGUUGUACCAAUCAUGCCCAUACCAAGCAUUGACCCUGUUCCUCAUUGGUCCUUUCCUUGAUGGGUUCUUGACUAACCAAAACGUCUUUGCUUUUGACUACACAACUCAAGUUCUGUUUUUCAUUGUGUUGUCAUGCUUAAUAUCAGUCUCAGUAAACUUCAGCACUUUUCUUGUGAUCGGGAAAACCUCUCCUGUAACUUACCAAGUGCUUGGCCAUCUUAAAACAUGCCUGGUUCUUGCCUUUGGCUAUGUUUUACUUCACGAUCCAUUUAGCUGGAGAAAUAUACUUGGAAUCCUCAUUGCUGUGAUUGGGAUGGUGUCUUAUUCAUACUUUUGCACCAAAGAGGCUCCGCCAAAGCCCACUGAAGCCUCUCCGCAACUCAAUCAGGUAAAAGAAAGCGAAUCGGAUCCCUUGAUCUCAGACUCUUUGAGCACUGCUGAAAAUGGAGGCAGUGCAGGCGACGAUGAGCCUAUGAAGGUACCUAUGUGGAGCUCCAAGUACUCAAAGGCAUGAAGAAACUGCUCUGAUACUAGUGAAUUGUUCUAUACAGAUUUCAGCUUAGUAGGCAGAUAGUACUAGGGUUGGAAGCCAAUCCUGAGUGUAAUGAACGAUGUUGUUCCAUUUUUGGGCUUCUUUUUUUUCUUGUUUUUGCUUACCAUGUGGUGCUGUUAGUAAAUGAAAUCUCACUUUGAAGAGGGAAUUAUUACCUCUACUCCAGAAUGGCAGAUCACCAGCCUUAAAGCUAGUCACAAAGGGCUGGGUCUCUUGUACUAUUUUUCAUGUGAUCAACUUCAGCAUCUGCUUCACCAUUGUAAUUUGUAACUUGCCAGCAGGACAUAAUAUCAACACGUAGUUUACAUUCUUUUU